AUAAUAUAUUUGUAGCACCUUUCAAAACCUCAUAGCCUACAAAGUGCUUCAGGACAGCAAAACAAAAUGACAAUAAAAUAAAAGCAUUAUAAAAACAAUAAAAAAAAUAUAUAUAUAUGGUCUUUAACAAACGUAUUUUAAAGAUAUGAGAACCGACAACAAGCUGCGCAGCCAAACGCAGGCUACUUAAAGUCCUGUUUCAUAACUUAUUGUUUGCGGAAGUGCCAUGAGCAUGGGGGAAACGAGCGCAUGCUACUGGUCAUAAGCGACGCAUUGGCUGCACGACGCUGCGUCAUUUCCUGCCAGAGGACGGUCAGAGGCGAGAGAGCAGCCAGUCUCCGCUCUGUCUCUGUAGUAACCACCGAGAAGCGGAGAGAGAGCCAGCAGCAGGUUGCCUCCAAACUGCAACCGGACGGAUAUAAAAAACAAGACCAACAGACAGAUGGCUGGAGUACACGUCUGCUCCGUGUGACACUGCUGGAUAGAUAUUUUUGUGAACUUGUCGUCGUUUGGACCUGAGCGGGAACACAGCGGGACGCCUGAGAAGAGCACAAAAAGAACUUUUUAUUUUCUCCUUCUUCGUUGGAAGAUAUAGUGUUUCUCUCUAAGUUGGUUGCGCAACGGUGAACCAAGUACAAGUCAUUUUAAGUUCGGGUGUUUUAUACCGUCUUGUGGAGCUGCGAGGCGGACACCAGAGAAGCGGCGCUGAGGCAGCCACCUGACCUCCUGGAAAAUAAGACCGCAGUUAAUGACACGCAGGCUGAGAUCCUUACGUGGCUCAUUACUAAGCUCUCUGGCGGAGCGGGACGACUUUUCCGCGGGGCUGUUGCGUGUUCAGUCUCGACGCACCCUAUCACGCGUGAAGUUUGCAGAAUCCAAUUGCUGAAAUCCACCUAAAUGAUGGUAAGUGCUAAUUAAUAUGUGUCAACUGUGAAAUUGAAUUAGUUGGACUUAAUUGGCCGUGGAAGUUGCCCCUUUGAUCGCUCUAUCCAGCAAAUUGCGAGUAGUAAGUGGAUCAUCUGUCACAACCAAACAGACAGCAUGGAUAUAACCGGAGUGCACGUCCUCCAGCGGUCGUGAUGCCAAGGGCCAGUCUAAUCCCGUGCCACCUGCCCGUUAUGCUUGCUCUCUAACCCGCACCAGUGUGGCGCCGCGUCCCGGACACACUGCCAGGAUGAGCAGCACCGACCUGGAGCGGAUGUCGCUCAGCUCCUCGGCCAACUCGGUGGCCUCCAGCGCGCGGACGCUCUCGGCCAACGUGAGGAAGCUGCACAACGCGCUCAACCUCCUGCUCAACGACUUCGAGAGGGAGCAGUUCAUCCACUGCCUCAACGUCUACCACUCCAAACGCAACGUGUACGACCUGGUGCAGACCCUCAACGUCAUCCUCAACGCGCCCAGCAAGCGGCAACUUCUGCCCAUGCUGCGGCUGGUCAUCCCCCGCUCCGAUCAGCUUCUCUUCGAGCAGUACACCUCAGAGGGCCUCUACUUAAAGUCGGAUUUGGCUGCAAGCAACGGCAGCACCGACCCCACGCCGGGCGACUUCCCCAGCGCCAGCCCGACUCCUCCGGGGCAUUUCUCGCCAAACAACCCGCCCGAGUUUCAGGUGGCGUUGCGGGGCUCGCCGGACAGCUUCAGCACCAGCAGCGACGGGACAGCUCCCCUGGUGCCGCUGCUCGGGAGGAACUUUGUCCACGAGCCGCCGGGCGAGCUGCGGCAGGUCACCAUGAAGCGGCAUAAGAGCAACGAGGGCUUGGGCUUCAGCAUCCGCGGCGGCUCGGAGCACGGGGUCGGCAUCUACGUGUCCCUGGUGGAACCGGGGAGCCUGGCGGAGAAAGAGGGUCUCCGGAUCGGUGACCAGAUCAUGAAAGUCAACGACAAAGUCUUCGACAAAGUCACUCAUGCUGAAGCAGUGAAGGUCCUGAAGGGCAGUAAAAAGCUUUGUCUCUCUGUGCGUUCAGUCGGGCGGAUUCCAGGUGGCUAUGUCACCAACCAUGUUUAUACCUGGGUUGACCCUCAGGGUCGGAGUGUGUCCCCUCCUCCUGACCUGCCUGAGCAUCGGAGCGCCACCCUGAGAAGAACUGACAGCCAGCGACGCAGCAACAUGCAGCUUCUGCAGGAGGGAGACGAGAAGAAGGUCAACUUGGUUUUAGAUGACGGCCGGUCUCUGGGUCUGAUGAUCCGGGGGGGAGCAGAAUAUGCUUUGGGUAUAUACAUCACUGGAGUGGACCAGGGGUCAGCAGCAGAGUGUGGAGGACUGAAGGUUGGUGACCAGAUCUUGGAGGUGAAUGGGCGCAGCUUUCUGAGCAUCCCGCACGACGAAGCCGUCAGGGUCUUGAAGUCGUCACGACACCUGAUGAUGACGGUGAAAGACGUGGGCCGCCUGCCGCACGCCAGGACAGUGGUGGGUGAGACCAAGUGGAUCGCCAGCUCACAGAUCGCAGAGAGCUCCGCCAACAGCAGCAUGGCAGGCUUCUCGGUGGACAAAGGAGCCUCUGCAGCAGGAAAGCCUGGAUUUUAUAAAGGCGUGGCAGGCUCCCAGGUGACCCUGUCCAGCCUGGUGAACCAAUCGCGGGCAAUGCUGGAGGAGCAGGCCCGCCACUUGCUGACAGAGGCGGAGCGGCAGACCAUGAGCUACUACGUGGAGGAGUACCGGGACGGACACAUCGGUGUGGAGCAGCUGGUCGUGGCGCUGUUCGAGCUACUCAACACGCAUGCAAAGUUCUCUCUGCUGUCAGAGGUGCGAAGCUUGGUCACCCCACAGGACCUGGAGCAUUUUGACGGGCUGGUGCUGCGACGGGAAAUUCAGGCUCUGAAGGCGCGACAGGGGACAGCUGGGGCCACAGCAUACAAACCAGACUCCCUGUCCAUGGUGUCAUAUCCAGACACCCUGACCUCAUCUUCAGCCAGCUUCAUGACCAACACCACCCUCAGCUCUGCAAGGAACGACAGCGUGGUGGAGAGUAAUGAGGAUGUUCCUCCGGAGAGUCUGAACACGCUGCUGACCGACAUCUCCCUGGACGAAGUGCAGUCCUUCACAGCUGAAUCCCCCCCCUCCUUCAAGCCUCCGCCCCCACCAGGGGUGCAGAGGCACCCAAGUAAACGAGAUCAGCUCAACAAAUGCCCCUCAUCCGAAUCCUCCCACUCAGGCUUGUACUUCACAGCCCCGACCUCUCACAACCACAGCAAAGAGCCAGGACACACCCCCGCCUCGCCCUCACUACACCACAAACGAGAACAUCCCAUGGACCCUUCUCGGGACUACGCGGCCAUAAGAAAGAGAAAACCCUCGGUACCUUCCAAGAAAGAACAAAUAACAGCUGCUCAGUUGUCCAUGGUCACCCAGCACAACAUCGGCCCCUUCCCCAGGGUCCAAUCCCCCAGCAGAGGCACCACACCUGCUACCCCCUCCCCUUCACCACCGCCUCCACCUCCACUCCCUGCUCCUCCUCCGCCCCCUUCUCUGCCCCUAAAGUCAGUGUCCAUGUCCAAAGCCUCCUCUCCUGGUUCUAAACAACAGUUUGUUACAGUGGAGGUUCACAGGCACAACGCAGAGCCCGACGUUAACGAGGUGCGGCCGCUGCCCCAAGCUCGAGGUGGCGCCCUGUCUCAGCUGUCAGACAGCGGCCAGACUCUCAGUGAGGACAGCGGGGUGGACAUAGCUGAGUCAGGACACAUCAGCAAAGACAGCAGCCCCCAUUCCUCACGCACACGUCAACCCCGAGACACCCUGGGGGGCGGGGGGGACAACCCCUCCAAACCGCCUGGGCUGUUGGAGCCCACUUCUACACUAGUGAGGGUGGCAAAGAGUGCCAGCACCCUGGGUAUUGCCAUUGAAGGUGGAGCCAACACUCGCCAGCCGCUGCCACGAAUUGUCACAAUACAGAGGGGUGGUUCAGCUCAUAACUGUGGCCAGCUGAAGGUGGGUCAGGUGAUCCUGGAGGUAAACGGGGUUUCCCUGAGGGGCCGUGAGCACAGGGACGCCGCACGCCUCAUCGCUGAGGCCUUCAAGACCAAAGAGAGGGACUACGUGGACUUCCUGGUGACCGACUUCAACGUGGCGCUAUAGCUGAGUGGAGGAGGAGAGAGGACGAUGACGAGACCAGUACAGGAGAAGAAGAGUCUGGGGACAACAUGAGAGGAAGAAAUUCAAAGCAUUUGUUGAUUUAAAUGGCACAACUCUUUUAGAACCACCAACUGAUCUCUGAGCCCUUUCUCAAAAACCCACCCUUGAGUCUGGACACAAAUUUACAAGGUAUUACUUCUGCUGUGGACUUCAUUCAGGAUUCUCCUCAACAUGUUACCUCCCCACUGUGAGACCUUAUGCACUAAAAAUGGAAAGUAGUGAAACCUAUACGUUUUUGUUCUCUCAGCAACCAUUUGAAACUCACUGGAACUUCUCGUAGCACUCCCAAGUCCCAUGGUCAGUUUAUUUAUUUCUUUUUUGCUUCUAUCUGAGAGACAACUGCACAUCUAAGACUAAUUCACGCUUGACUUUAUAAGCUUGGAUUUGUAAAUGUAAAAAUGAACAAAUGUAGAUACAGAUGCAUAUAUACCGUACACAUAAAGAUACUAUAUGAAUUAUAAAACCUGUGACAUCUGUUGCAUCAUCGACAUAUAGUAAUAUAUUUCAAAGAUAAUGAUAAUUCAGGCCAUCCUGGCAAGUGAGGCCUGUCUGCGUACUACUACCCUUUCACAAAUGAAGCUAACAAAGAUACACAUCAUAUGCUCAUAAUUGUUUAAUGAGACAAACAAAAAGACACGUGAAUGAUGGAAAUCUUCAGAUGGGUUCCACACAAAUGUGCGUUCAUUUCCUUUUUCCUUUCUGCUUCUCCCUGUGUAUCUGUAUUGUUUGAGACUGUCCACACUUAGACAGCUGAAUUUGAAAAUGCUGUUUACGGGUGUCCACAAUACAAACAUUAAGAAGUGGCUAAGUCAUUUUUUCUUUUUCCAUUGGCAAACAACACAUUUCCACAUCACUGCCAAAACCUGGUAAGGAGUGGAACGGAGAGUCUAGAGUCUUAGCUGUUUAAAACUCAAUUGUCACCUAAACUGUUUUAAUACAGCCGAUUUCACAAUUUAGUUGACAUAUUUUUCUCUGUCUGUUUUCAGACACCUGAACAAGUAUUGUAAGUAGUGAGCAAUCAUUUGAUGGCAGGUUGUAAAUGCUAGCUGUUAACCAGCAAGCUUUUCCUGUUUUGCUCCCGUCAGGCGUCAAUAAAAUUCCUAAUAGUUCCUCCUUGAGCUGCUACUUUGUCAGAAAUACAACAGAAGAGCAACUGGUGGAUGUCUUUACAGUGCUGGCAAACAAUCACAUGGUUUUAAUAAAGAAGUCAAUAACUGGCCUUUUCCCAUUGUGCUACGAGCCACUGCGGUCUAAUUUCAUGCUGCGCACAUUGCGAGUGUGUUUAAUACACAACAACAGUGCACAGCAAAACAAGUUGGCUACCUUGCUGAGGAGUUGGAGGUGUUCAUCCUGUAGCUCUUCGUCUAACAGUUACACUGGAUUACAUGCUGCAUUGUUUUCUUUGAAUCCCUCAUGCCUGUAGAAGCAAUCUGAAUGGCGGACCCUGCUCCAUAACGAUUGAAACAAUAAGAGAGGUAAUUACAGAAUGUAAAUACAGUUAAUGAUGAAAAAUGUCAGCCAUCAAUAGUAUGACAGUAGAAUGACAACACCUUCACUGUAGCCAAGUUUCUUACCACAGUACAGACUAAAACACGAGGCCACUGUGUUCAUAUUCAUUCACUCUAGAGAGCAAUUUUAAAGACACUGGAUCAAAGAUGCAUUGUCAGAUUUGGCCAGUUUAGUGUGGUAGUACUCUGAGAUGGGAUAAAAUCCCUCAGUUUUUCCCUCAGAGCGCUCAGUUUUUCUCCUGCGGCUUUCCUGACUGAAUAACAAUUGAGUAAUUUUAUUUUGUAAUUUCAUAGUUUCAAUUAUUUUCACCCAGGGGGGGCUUGAAACCGUGCUCAGUGCAGCAAUUAUGCCCAAGAGGAGAGUAAUGAGACAUUUAGAGGACGAGACUGCCAAAGAUUUUAGAAACACGUGUGUGCACGCACGCACACAUUUCAUCCAUUUAUAGAAAAGCAAUUAGGAGAUAAGCAAUCAGGUAGAGUGAGCAAUGGAGCGAGAGAGAGAGAGAGAGAGAGGGGGAAAAGAACAUGAGAAUGAGUGAGUAACUAAAGUAACAAAUGAGACGUGAUUGUUGUUGGGGAGAUGAUUUGCUUCCUCUCAGGAAGGAGUGCAAGCGUGAAGAGGAUGUACAGCAAACAUCCUCCUCACGUGUCACUCCAGAGACUGACAUUAGGCUGCAGGUAGAAACAUGAAGUAAUUGGUGUAAUUAAUCUAAGUGUGCUGUGCGUGGAUGUGUGUUGCGCGUGUGUUUAAUGUGAGUGGUGUGUGUCUGUCUGUAGGAAAUGGAUGAAAAGAGAAAAGAUGUGCUCCAAACAAGGAGACGGCAAAUAAAGACGAAUGUAAAUGUCAUCAAGGGAGCUGCUGUAUGAGACAUACAAAGAAGUGAAGCAGUAGCCUGGCAGUCUGGGAUUUGAAGAACGCCAGCAGAGCAGCUCUCUGAGAAAUUGCUAUCAAACACUCCUGAAUCAUUCCGAUGACAAACUGAGGGAAGAGAACACCAUAUUCAUGCUUUGUUUUUACAGCAUCUACCGUCCAUCUUCAAAAUGUCAUCAUUUAAUGAAGAAAAAACAAAUGUUUGGAAUGCACUUCUAAGAUUUUUCAAAGGUCAUACUCGUAACCAGUAUGUUUGUACCUGUAAUCCCAAUAAUAAUAAUCUCAAGAAAUAGUUUUUUAAAGAAUCUAUUAUUUCUUGAUAGUCUUAAAAAUCUGAUAAAACCUUUCAGACGAAAGAGAUGUUGAGAAGUAACAAAACAAACAAUAUUUUUUUAAGCUGCUUGACUUGAUUUUGUCCUCUAGAGGCCUGAAAGUUAAUUCAUUCUUUGAUUCCUUCUCUGUCGUGUUUCUAUCACUCCACUAUCCAGCCUCCUUUUAGCUAUGGCUUGGUCUCCACCAACCCCUGUGAAAAAUAUCUGCCUCUGUAGCUGCACAUGUUUCACUUUUGUACCAGGUAAAGUUUUGUUCCGCCGUUCUUUGGUGCUGGGAAGGUAGUGAGUUGAUCACAGCUUGCUUACUGAAAAUAGCUACCUGACGGUGUGUACAGACAAGAGGUGAAGCAAAUUUAGAGGUACAUUUUGCACUCUGCUCGUGCACUCCUUGCGCAUUUUUGUAUACGGUCUAUGGCAUGAACAUGUGUUUUGGGGGAGGGGCUUUGGAGGGAGGCCAGAAGGAUACUUAUACUAUAAUUGGAUACUUUCAAACUAGCUGGCUCCAAUGCAGUUUCUCCAAUGCUACCUACCCCAGCUUUAAACCACUAGAGGUCAGCAAAAACAAGAUUUUCUGAGGUUACUCAUUACUCAACAUAGUUUCAUGCAUCCCUAACAAAUAUGCAAACUAGGCUUUUGUAAAACUUUUGUCUAACAGCUGACAUGAAAUUCCUCCAUUCAUCUAAAAAUAUAUGUUUAGACAUUUAUUUUAUGUAAGUGCUUGAUGUCAAACUUUUCACAUUAGAAUUUUGUCCCAAAUCAGAAAACUAAAAAGCCUUUAUAUGUUAACAUUUCCAACUGACAUGUUCCCAUUUUCAUGCAAAGUUAAUUUCAAACCUGAUUUUGGCACAGGAUCAGGAAACAUAUAUACAUUGUAUAAAUGUGGACCACUUGAGCCUUCAAAACCAGAGUUUUUAUGAAUAUUUAAAUUCCCCUCUGCCUCACAGAGCGGCAGGUUAAAAGACAGUCAACAUAAAAGUAGUGACGUGAUACAACCGAAGAGGUGAAUCAAGAUGAGAUAAACCCACUGUGUGUCUGUUUUUUUGUAGAUUUUUAAAGGGCAGCCUGCACCUGUAAAUCAGAAUAAAAUGUCAAUAGUUAAGGCUUUAAAACAGGAAACAGGGAAAAGCUCCCAUAUACAAAUAGUCUCAAAUAGGCUACUGAGUACAUCUAUUCAUUUGAUAUGCAGAAAAUGUCUCUGUAUGCAUAUUCAGGACGUGAUACAAACUAUCUGAAAAAUAAUGUACUUACCGCAACCACUAACAAACUUAAAAUUCAGGAUGCAUCAGUGUGUGUGUGUGUGUGUGUGUGUGUGUGUGUGUGUGUGUGUGUGUGUGUGAGAGAGAGAGAGAGAGAGAGAGAGAAAGACAGAAUGAGCUAGAUAAGAAGAGAGCGGGAGAUAGAGAGAGAUUCACACACAGAUGAGCGCUGGAGUGCGUCCUCUCAGUGGAAUUACUCGCUGUUAAACAGUCGAAUCUAGAAGGAAUUGCAGCCUCACAGAUGAAGGCUUUUGUGACACCAUCCCUUCAAAGUGAGAAGAGGAGAUGAGGAAAGAGAAAAUGAGGAGAAAAAGAAGAGGAUGUACAUUGUUAAACACUGCUUUGGCCAAACCUUUGAUGGAAAAUAAUACAACAAUUGAAUCUGUCCAGUGAGAACAACAUACUAUAUCUUUAAAUUAGAUUUUAUUUAUUUUGCUUUUGAAGAUCUUGCUAAUAAACUGAAGAAUUAAAAUUUUCUCUAUGGGUUAAGGGAAUUCUCCCACUUCUGAGGCUACUAAAAAACCCUUUCAAAUGCCUUUGGAGUAACUCAAAAAUGCAAUGCCACAAAUAGGCUAAGGUUUCAUUUGAAAAUGUUCAAUACCAAACUUUGUUUCCAUACUGACAAAAAGAGUACUUACUGCCUUACCACAAGUAUACAGAUGUUUUUCUACAAAAGCCAUUUUUCAUUAAACGGAUAAGGCCAGUAUAUUGUCAGCAUAUCCCAUGAACAGAUUUAAACCAACAGUGUGUUAGUCUGUCUCUGAAUACUUUGUGACUUGCCCUGUCUGUGGCUCUCAGCCUCUAACCCAUUAGUUCCUACUGAAGAUGUAAAUCUUCCAAAAACAAUCACAACUAUAUAGUAUAGCAUAUAGUUUCAUUUUUGAAAAACGCUGCAGAUUAAUACACAUUUGGUGCUCUAGUGAUUAUUUACAGCAGCAGGACUGACUGUAUGUGGGACUGACUCAAGAUGAACUGCGGUAUCUGUGAUAUUUAUAAAGAAGUAACAUGUCAGCUAGUGCAACAAUGUGGCUCAGUGAUGCGUUUUUAAUAGUUUGUGGACAACAAUGGAGCUCUAUGGCACAGAGGAAUAAGGCUUUGGAUACACAGACAGUAUUUUUUAGUAGGAUCAGUCCAUUGUUGGUUUUUGUCUUUCCAUGGGAUUUGUUAGCAAACAUCUCAAAUGUUAAAUGUUGUCUAAACAUAAGCAGCCACACAACAACUGUGCAUAAAUAAAGUCUGAAAUUGGGGGGGGUUAUAGUUAAUUUUUCAAACUGCCUCAUCAAAGAAUAAAUGAAGAAGAGUCCAUUAAUGCCAAAGUUCCCUUGAGUAAGACACUGUUCCCCUCCGUGCUGCUGGCUGUACCCUGCUCAGGUGAAAUGUAGAUAAAUGCAAACAUGCCUCAGAGAAAGUCAAACGUGAAAACUGAUGAAUAAAGCUCUACAGGAAAAGCAACAGCCACAAUGAUAUUAACCACACAUUUAUUUAUUUAGACAUUUAUAAACCAUGGUAAAGCUGUCUAAUAAUCAUCCGUCAGCAUCACAGAAACUUUUCGUGAGUGAACUCCAUUAUGACCCCAGCUUGUAGACACGUGUCGAUAGUGGCUCGGCCUUUUCAUUGACCUGAUAUUAAAGGGCCAUCCAGGAGGGACGGAUGAUGGAGGGAAGCGAUGUAAGCUGCUGACAGUCUCAUUAGUCAGACUCCAAGACAGAGAGGUGCUGGCCUUGGCUCAGACAUGAGACACGACAGCUCAGACAUUGACUUGUUGCUCAUGCUGUAGCAAGGUGCAAGGGUUUGCCCCCCACCCCCCACCCUUAACCCUUAACCACUGAUUCCCCACAAAGGUCAGACUCAUAAACCAACCAACACCACUUGUUGACUCUAUUGAUAAUGUUUAUUUGUUUCACUGAGUGUGCCUCCUGCUUUAUUAGCUGCACAUGUUGAUUUUGUUGGUGUUCAUUUUUCAACCCUGUUGCUUUUCUUAGUCCGUGAGUGGCAGUCCACCUGUCUUUUUGCCUGCUUCCUGCACAUUUUAACGAGGAGUAUUGUACGACAACAUGCUAUUUAUACAGAAAGUGUGUUUAAUUUUUCAAUAAAGAUAUCUGCACAAAAACUAA